UUCGUACCUGACUCCAACUUUGCCACUGAAUCCAAGUAUCCCUUCCAACCUCUAUCAACUACAUCCAAGCACCGUAAUCACACACACACGCGCGCACACACACGCACGCACAAUGUCUACCAUGGAAACCAUCAACCAGAUCGCAUCAUCCGCCGCCAAAGCCGUCUGGGGUGACGAUCCCAACGCCGAGACUCACAAGGAACCCAUUUCGGGCGCCACCGGCGACGUCUCCAAGGGCGAGCCCUACGAUGCUGGCAACCUGGACCCCGAGGAGCAACACAAAGUCGAGUCCAGCCUAAACGCCAGAAACGAACAAAUUGACAAAGACGACACCCCCUCAGACCUCGCCGAGGGCGAAUAUUAUGCCCUUUCGUCUUCCGCCAAAUACAAGCCACUCCCUGAGACUCCAACCCAGGAACAACCAAAGGACAACACCACCACCACCACCACCACCGCCAUGCCCCAGAACACCACUCAGCCUCAGGACAUCUCCAAGCCUCAGGACACCAUUCAGCCUCAAGACAUCUCCAAGCCUAAAAGCGCCUCGACAGACGUGCCCGCAGACAAGUCUACGGUGGCACCCUCAGACGAACCAGCAGACUCCUCCGCAGACCCUGAAGCAGGCAAACCCCUCGACCAGCUCACCGGCAAGGGCCCCCGCCCCGUCGAAGAACUAGCCAGAGAGAACGGCGGGAACGCCGCCGCCGCGUCCUCUAACGACUCCGUCUCUUCUCCUCAGGGCAAGGACAACAAGCCCGAGCCCAGCGUCGAGGACAAGCAGGAGCACCAGAACGCCCACGAGGGGGAUGCCGCCGCCGAGGCGACCGAGUACGUCAAGACGACGGGGCUUGCCGCCGAUGGAGGCAACUUUGAUGCUGCGAAGCCUGGUGCUGGGCGAGAAGCCGAUCGCCUGAUGGAGCAAAAGGGGCUCAAGUCAGCAGACGACGACGGCGACAACAAGGGCAGCAGUGGCCGCAAGAGCUCCGACUCGGGACACCACCACAAGGACAAGCCCAGCCUGGGCGAGCGCAUCAAGAAUAAGCUGCACCGGCACUAAAUUGUCUCAAGGAGUCAUGUUUCCCUUUACGUUGAUACCUCUUGUUGUUUUCGGCAUUUGACAGAUUGUAUCUCGGAG